ACAGAGGCCGGGCAGAGAGGCGGUCCGCUGUCCCUGUCGCUCUCUCUCCUUUGCACGCGGUUGAGGAAGCCGGUAGGCCCGAGCAGCUCCUGCUGAAUAAUGCCGGGAAAACUCCGCAGUGCGUCCAAGGCGGGAUCAGACGGGGCCGAGGAGAGCAUGGAGACGCUGCCGAAGCCAAGCGAGAAGAAAUCUAGAAAAGAGAAGGCAAAAUCUAAGACUGAAGAAGCAACAGAAGGAGUGGAAGAGGCCACUUCCUCCAAGGCGAAAGCAGUUAAAAAGAAAGGGCCUUCCGAAGAUGACGUGGGCCCCCCUAAAUCCAAGAAGGCCAAGAAGCAGGAGGAGGAGCCUCAAGAUGACGCUCCUCCUAAAAGCAAAUCCUCCAAGAAGAAGGAGCCCCUGGAGAAGACAGCAGCCUCUAAAACCAAAGAGAUAGAAACUGAGGAGCCUUCCAAAGAAGAGGCAGAAGCUCCUAAGCCCAAGAAGACGAAGAAAGGGAAGGAUACAAAUGGAGACCCGGGAGAGAAAAGCCCCCGGCUGAAGAAUGGGCUUUCCCAUUCGGAACCAAAACCCAGCUCCCCUGAUGCCGACGCUCCUGCUGAAGACAGUAGUAGCGAGACAGAGAAGGAAAUACCUGUGGAACAGAAAGAAGGGGCUUUCUCUAACUUUCCCAUCUCUGAGGAGACUGUCAAGCUUCUCAAAGCUCGUGGGGUGAACUUCCUGUUUCCUAUACAAGCCAAGACAUUCCACCAUGUGUACAGUGGGAAAGACUUAAUUGCCCAAGCACGGACAGGAACCGGGAAGACAUUCUCCUUUGCCAUCCCUUUGAUUGAGAAACUUCAAAGUGGGCUACAGGAGAAGAAGAGAGGCCGAGCCCCUCAGGUGCUAGUCCUCGCACCCACGAGAGAAUUAGCCAAUCAAGUGAGCAAAGACUUCAGUGACAUCACCAAAAAGCUCUCAGUAGCUUGUUUCUAUGGUGGAACUCCCUACGGUGGUCAGAUUGAGCGAAUGCGGAGUGGGAUUGACAUCCUGGUUGGGACCCCAGGUCGCAUUAAAGACCACUUGCAGAAUGGCAAACUAGAUCUCACCAAACUUAAACACGUCGUCCUGGAUGAAGUCGACCAGAUGUUGGAUAUGGGUUUUGCUGAUCAAGUGGAAGAAAUUUUAUGUGUGGCAUACAAGAAAGAUUCUGAAGACAACCCCCAAACAUUGCUUUUCUCUGCAACUUGCCCUCAUUGGGUAUUUAAUGUUGCUAAGAAAUACAUGAAAUCUACAUACGAACAGGUGGACCUGAUUGGUAAAAAGACUCAGAAAGCAGCCAUAACUGUGGAGCAUCUGGCCAUUAAGUGUCACUGGACAGAGAGGGCAGCGGUGAUUGGCGAUGUGAUCCGAGUGUACAGUGGCCAUCAGGGGCGCACGAUCAUCUUCUGUGAAACCAAGAAGGAUGCCCAGGAGCUAUCGCAGAACACAUGCAUAAAGCAGGAUGCCCAGUCCUUACAUGGCGACAUUCCUCAGAAGCAAAGGGAGAUCACUCUGAAGGGUUUCCGAAAUGGCAAUUUUGGAGUUUUGGUAGCGACCAAUGUUGCUGCUCGAGGGUUAGACAUCCCUGAGGUCGACUUGGUUGUUCAGAGCUGCCCACCAAAGGAUGUGGAGUCUUACAUUCACCGUUCGGGGCGGACAGGCAGAGCCGGAAGGACAGGGGUUUGCAUCUGCUUUUAUCAACACAAAGAAGAGUACCAGUUAGCGCAAGUGGAGCAGAAGGCGGGAAUUAAAUUUAAACGGAUAGGUGUUCCUUCUGCAACAGAAAUAAUAAAAGCCUCCAGCAAAGAUGCCAUCAGGCUCUUGGAUUCGGUGCCUCCCACUGCCAUUGGCCAUUUCAAGCAGUCGGCCGAGAAGCUCAUUGAGGAGAAGGGAGCUGUAGAGGCCCUGGCGGCUGCCCUGGCCCACAUCUCAGGGGCCACGUCGGUCGACCAGCGCUCCCUGAUCAACUCGCAAGCGGGCUUUGUCACCAUGAUCCUGCGGUGCUCCAUUGAGAUGCCCAACAUCAGCUAUGCUUGGAAAGAACUUAAGGAGCAGCUGGGCGAGAGCAUCGACGCCAAAGUGAAGGGCAUGGUCUUCCUCAAAGGAAAGCUGGGAGUUUGUUUCGAUGUCCGCACUGAAGCAGUCACAGAGAUACAGGAGAAGUGGAAUGAUUCAAGACGUUGGCAGCUCACUGUGGCCACCGAGCAGCCAGAGCUGGAAGGACCUCCAGAAGGCUAUCGAGGCAGCAGGGGUCAGCGGAAUGGCGGCCGCGGUGCUUUCAGAGGACAGCGGGGUGGAAGCAGGAACUUCCGGGGACAGGGACAGCGAGGAGGAAGUAGAAACUUCCGAGGACAGCGACCGGGGGGUGCCAACAAAGGCCAGAAACGGAGUUUUAGUAAAGCAUUUGGUCAGUGAGUAGAGGCCAGAGGAACUGUUUCCACUGUGGACACCAGGGCCCGGCCUGCUGUCAAAGCCCCAGUGCCUCCUUCCUUCCUUCCUUCCUUCCUUUUUUAUCAUUUCUCAGCCCACCCUUCCUUGCAGAGAGAGGCUUCUGAAAUGUCUGUCUGACCAUCAUAAACUGUCUGCAUUUUGAAAAGGGAUAAGAAUUCACUGCAUCAUUUUCCAACAUACUUCUAGAUUUACAGAGUAAAACCAACCAUGGACCUGCCUGUCUGUGUGUGUUGAUCUUGUAAUUUCAUCUUUGUGUGUGUGCGUGUGCUCACUGGGACCUGACCUCAGAACCUCACACAUGCAGAGCAUGCAUGCGUCCUAUAGUAAACUGCAUCUCUUGUCCCAUCCAUGUCUCCUGCUCAGAUCCUACAAAGAAAGUCCCUAAGGGGUGCCUCAGUCUCUGGAGGAUUAUUUUUGCAUUUUUUAGCAUCCUGGACUCUAAACAGUUGCUGUGUCCAUGUGUGAGCUGAGGUUUGAUACUGAGCAGUGUUUUUCAAGAGCUUUUCAGACUUAGCUGAUUUGAAUAGUUUGUGCCAGGCCCUGGAUGCUGAGGGAAGAACACAGACAGCUUCCACUCUACAGCAUCUUCACACUGUUUCUCAUUAGGUGAUUUCUGUUCCAGUGAAUUCUUCAGACAAGUGUAUAUAGAAUUACAUUUUCAUAGGAUCCAAUGGCUAUAAAGUUCAGGCCCAAAUGCCUAACAUGCCUAGAUUUUUUUCGUCAGUAAUAAGACUGGAUAAAACAGUAUCCGAUUUUUGGAAGCACUUGUAUCCCAUUUUUGGAAGAUUGAUUUACCAAGAAGAAAUAAAGGGAGCAUGGGGCUCAUUUGGUGUUGCUGAAAACUGUCUCACAAAAGCCCCAGAGAUGUCGUUGAUCUUGACAGGUGAGGAGCUGGAGAAGCGUGCUCAGUGGUGAGCGCUUCCUGAAGGGACUGUCUACUAGUAUGCAGUCUGGGGCCUUUAAAGGGCAGUGUGGGACAAGUUUGUUUUCAGUGGCUUGCAUCUUAAACCACAACAAAAAAAAUCUAUUUCUGUUAAGCAACUUCUCCAUUGAAAAAUUUAUCACGGCUCAGAGAAUCCUUCUCCUACAAACUGCCAUUUUAUAUGCUGUUGCUUUGAGGGAACUGACGUGUAUGAAGCCCCUGCCUGCUGCUCGCUGUCAUCUGGAAACAUCUCACCUAGCGCAGAAGCUUUCAUGCAGGGAUCUUAGAACAGGCUUGGAAGAAAAGUCAGAACCACACACUCUGUUUUUUUGUUGUUGUUUUCCUUAAUUCAACUGUUUGUAUCAACUAAGACCUUCAGUUUAGUAUGGCUCUUCCCUCCUAACUGGCCUUACCAGAACCCCUGGCAGCAAAGGGCUCUGACAACCAAAUCAGCUCCUGGCGGGCAGUUGAAGCAGCACCCUUUCUUCUGUUUAGAUUCAGUUUUGCUCAUCAACAUUGACAUCUUCUAUGCUCAGGAAUCUUUGGGAUUUCUGUCUUUGUUGAUAACUCUGUGGCUUGUAAUAAAAUACUGCUGUGAUUUAAUGAAUCAUUUCACUAUUGGGAUAAGAAUUUGCCAUUUCAAGAAGAUGAAAGAACAUGCUGGCUUUAUUUUUAGGAGAGGCUAAAACAUUUUGAAUUAAUUGGUUACCCUAUAGAAAAAUAAUCUGUCAUAAACUGAACAGUGAAGGGGAAGAAGGGAAGAAUUUAAAUUGACACAAUUUAAAUAAAACAUGGCUUGUCAAACAAAUGAGAAGUUUCUUUUGGAUUGCAGAAACUAAACAGUAUAUGUAUAAUUCAACUAUUAUUUGGUUUAAAUGGACUUAUUGGGAAAUGUUAUCAUUUUUACUAUUUUCUACAGAGAAAAUAUUUUCCAGUUUAUCAUAUAACUCUGGACUUUGGAAACCCGUUUUUAUGUUCCAGCUGUCUAUGUAGUUGUUUCUCUGAAAUUGUACAUAAAAUGUUUUUACAUUAAAAUUACUGUAUAAAGUACUGCGUUAUGUCAUAAUAAAGAUACCAAUGCUUUA